GUGUAACUUCGUAUUUCUUUUGUUCUCUUAAUGUAGCCUACAUCAUAAAGGAUGGGCCGCAAAGCCAAUGCGCUUUAUAUAAAUCCAAAGAAAUUCGGCUCUCUUGCAAAACCUUGCAUGAAAGAAAUUGUAUCAUUCCUAAAUUGCUUGGCACUUAACAAGGUGAAUGAAGAAAAAUGUAUUAGGCAUAAGGAUCUUUUGAAUGCAUGUAUGGAUGCUCAGUCUAGCACGAAUAGGAAGCCCUGGGGCAGCAUCAAUUACCACCUGCAGAGGCUUAAUAGGGGAAGGAAGUGAUGUGGAUUUCCUUUGAAGAUGAAUGUUGAAUUUAUGCAUC